AUGCCGUUACCUCUGGGUGAAUCACCCUCGCGAUCCUCGUCACGGCCUCGACGAGUCCCGAAGACUGCCAAUGUCUCCAGGCGGGACAAGGUCCGACAAGGAAGGCUGAUACGCUGCUGGACCGAUGAAGAGGAAACCUUUCUUUUCCGAAGUCGAAACCAGAAACUACCCUACAGACACAUUGCCAAUCGGCUUGAAAAGUCGGAACUGGCUUGUCGCCUGCACUACCAUCACAUGAUGGUGGGCCGAAAAGGGCAUCGGGUUGAUGAGGUGGAAGACGACGUGUCGGACGAUGGCGCUGCCACUUCACCACCGAACAUGCCAGCCAGAGUCCAAACACCCACGCUGCCGGAUUCCCACGCUGCCGUGGCUUUGGAACCCAGGCCGGCCACAGCUGCUCCUCAGCUCUGUACGUUGCCGAGCUUUGACACCUUCCUCCGAGAUACCUUCCAUCGACGGAGUGUGUCGAUGCCAGACGCUGUGACCGGUGCAGGCAACAUGGUGCUGGAAGGCCAAAGAAGAAAAGAAACAUAUGUUCCUAGCAGCCCGAGGUCCGUCAAGACAGGAUCUAGAACGUGGUUGCGCGAGGAUGUGCGGCCGCCUCCACCAUUCCCAGUGCGUGAUGCCAGCAGCCCGCACGGUGCCGGAACUACCCCAUACCGUAUUCCACUGGGUCGAUCUCCGGAGAUACAAUACGUGGAAGACUCCAAGACAAGCUAUUUCAAGCCUGUCCCUUCCAUCCAGUUUUGA